AUGGAGACAUUGGGAGACCUUUUGCAGCCAAGCUCUGCUUCCUGCAUAUCGCUAGCUGUUUCAGCAUCUCAGGAAAGGAGGAUCAGCAGCCAGCAGAUUGCAUGUACGGCAGAUGAGGUUGUAUGCACACCGCAGGUAGACAUGGGAAUCAAUGGCUUGUGCAGGGUGCCAGUAGGGGGUCCAACCGCCGCUGAGUUCCUGACCAGUCUCGCCUCUCAAAGCGACCCCCGUGGACAUCCAACCCCGAUCAAACAAUGCAGAACUGGUUUGCCGCUUUAUAACGGUAGUUUGGCCUCUUUGUCAAUGGAAGGAACCCCCGCGAGCGUUUUGGCCCACACACCAAACCCGGAACCAAUGAAGGGGAAUGCUGGGCCCCCUGUGUGCCCCCUCACCAGCAGGGCCCGGCUGUUAGAGAAUUCGGACCCUACUAUAUCAAGGAGAAUCAGUAAUGACUCAAGAGCUAAACGGCAACAACAAAACAGAGAUGGGGAGAAUCAGGACUUUGGUUCAGAGACUUAUAUUAGUUCAGCAUGGUCGGGGGAUUCUGUGGACACAGUUUUUAACUCAGGGGAGUCUGACUUGAAGCGAAGGAGAUUGGCUGAUGGAAGUAUUACUCAUCAUUUUUCAGGUGCCACACUGAAUGCCGAUUGCAGUAGGAGUUGCAAUGGUGACGAGGUAGUUAACAGUCACUCUUUCACUUCCCAAACAAUGUUGAGCCCUAUGAUCCUCCCACCCCAAAUUAUUCAGCACAACAUAUAUCAGCCAGUUACCACUGGCAUGCCCUAUGAUAACAGUCAGACCUCCUCACUGGAGACUAACGCAAUUCCAACACCUCCACCAUCAGAAGUGUCUGUCUGGUCAGCAGAGCGUGUCGCUAUUCAGUACAUCAUUCCCUGCAUGAAGUACUAUGGCAUAUGCGUUAAGGACAAUUUUCUUGGUCCUUUAUUGGGUGAAAGUGUCUUGAAAGAGGUCGAAGUCUUAAACCAGAGUGGAAAAUUCCAGGGUGGGCAGCUGGUAAGCCAAAGGGGCAUUCCGUCUCGGCGCAUCCGGGGUGACCAGAUUGCCUGGGUGGAAGGACACGAGCAAGGGUGUGAAAACAUCGGGACUCUGAUGUCGUACAUCGACGAGGCCAUUAUGCACAGCGCGGCCAAUGGACAGCUGGGGGACUGUGUCAUCAAUGGACGGACUAAGGCCAUGGUUGCCUGUUACCCCGGUAAAGGUGCAGGAUAUGUCCGCCAUGUGGAUAACCCUAACGGCGAUGGACGCUGCAUCACAUGCAUCUACUAUCUUAACAAGGGAUGGAAUGUUCAGACACAAGGAGGGGUGCUGCAGAUCUUCCCCGAGGGCAAAAAUGUGGUGGCAAACAUUGAACCCUUGUUUGACCGACUGCUCAUCUUCUGGUCAGACCGCCGCAACCCACAUGAAGUCAAGCCGGCCUACACCACUCGCUAUGCUAUCACAGUAUGGUACUUUGAUGCCAAAGAAAGGGCAGAAGCAAAAGAGAAAUACAGGCUAGCAACAGGACAGAAAGGUGUUCAAGUGCCUGUCAGUCAGAACAGCAGGACAUGA